GCAGACGCGUCGUGCCCCCGGAUAACUAGAGAGAACAAUUUUAAAACGACUUUUGUGGGGUUUAUCAUUUUCGGUGCGUCGUGAGAAACAUAUCAAGAGAAUUUUAACCAACUCGUGUUACUGAACGUUUUAUCGUGCACUCGUGUUUUAUUUAUUUUCAUUUAUUUAUUUUCUUCUUCAUCGCGUUUUUCCUCCCAGUCAUUGCAAUUGACGCUUGAGGAUUUGUUGACAGCCAGUGACGGAUCUGUGAUUUGCGGUGUGGGAACAUUCUCAGGGGAGAGGACAGGGGUGUUCGGCGGUUUUUGAUUUUUUUUUUUUAAAUCAGUGAGUUGAAUCGGUGAAUGAGGUAUGUCUACCAAGGGGGAAAGGGGUAAAGCCACGGACUUCAGCAUCGCGGCCAUCAUGGCGCCCAGGGGUUCAACGUUUGGACAUUACCACCUGCAGGGCCUUGGUAAUGCUGCUGGCAAUAAUGUGGAAUGCAACAACAAGGGAUUCGUCGCUUCACCGAGUCUUGAUCACCGUGUUGCGAGAUCAUCGCCAGUUAAUAUCGUGGCAACCGCAACAGUAGUUACAGGUGAUGCACUCCUUGACGACGAUGAUGAUGAUGAGGUUGACGAGGGUGUGGGCGAGGCUGAGAGCGAGGGAACGGAGAAAUCAGCGAAUGGUGAUGAUGAGGAGGUGGACGUUGAUGUUGAAGAAUGCAGUAGUUUGGAUGAUGGUCCACUUGGUUUAUCCGAUGGCCUCACUAACCGCAAGUUCAAUGGUAGUAAUUCAGCGAGUAGAAAAGUGCCACAACAUAGACGAACCACGUGUAAUUCCGAGGAGCUUAAGAAUAUUGACUGUCACUUGGAGACUAAGGAGCUGUGGGACAAGUUCAAUGAACUUGGCACCGAGAUGAUCAUCACUAAAACUGGCAGGCGGAUGUUCCCAACGUGUCGGGUGUCUUUCAGUGAGUUGAGGCCUGAGGGAAGGUACUCUGUACUCAUGGAUAUCGUACCAGUUGAUGACAAGCGGUACAGAUACGCCUAUCACAGGAGUUCUUGGCUUGUUGCGGGAAAAGCUGAUCCACCGGCACCACCUAGACUAUAUGAACAUCCUGAUUCACCGUUCACUGGGGAACAGUUGAGGAAGCAGGUUGUGUCCUUCGAGAAAGUCAAGCUCACUAAUAACGAGAUGGAUAAACACGGACAGAUUGUAUUGAAUUCGAUGCAUCGAUAUCAGCCGAGAAUCCACUUGGUGAGGUUGCGAGGCAAGGACGAGGAAAAGGGCCACAAAAUAAAUGAUUUGAAUAAAGAGGAGCACAAGACUUUCAUAUUCCCCGAGGCUAUUUUCACCGCAGUCACUGCCUAUCAAAAUCAAUUGAUAACUAAAUUGAAAAUCGACAGCAAUCCCUUCGCCAAAGGAUUCAGGGACUCCUCCAGACUGACUGAUUAUGAUCGAGAUCCGAUGGAGCUGAUGGAGCAGCAAUUGGUAAGAUGCGGUGUGCCCCCAGUCAGAUUGUACGAGCAUCUAGCAUUGACCUCACCAGCAGCUGCUGCAGCUCUUAAUGCCCAGCAGCAGCAGCAGCAGCAGGGACCAGACAGUCAACAUCCUGGGCACUCGUUGUCACCGGCGUGGCUCCAGCCAUCAACGGCGUUGCUCUAUGGCAGUAGAGGCGGCACUCCAUCACCCUAUCCAUCCCACUCAUUUCCCUAUCCUGCUCUCUCGUGGUCCUGGCAACCACCAGUGGCUAUGAUCUCAAGACGAUCGUCUUCCUCGUCGCCACGAUACACUCCCUAUCCAACCGCGACGUCUACGUCACCACCUCUUCGCCCACGUCCAACCACCCCGAAUUAGCGACCCCCCGUUUUAUUUCCAUUAUUUUCGCGGUGAUACGGACGCCAUUUUCUACCGGUGGAUUCGUCUUUCGAGAUUUGAGACAUCGAAGGACUUUAAAUUGUUCGGCACGAAUGCCUGAUUUUUCAGGACUUUUGAAAACUAGUGCCUUCGUCAAAGUUCAUUUAUUCAUUCAAAUACAGAAGAAUCCCGUUAUAAUGGUGUGCAUGGGGCUGUAGGGGAAGAUAAUUCCGAGAAUUUUACUGUAUGCAACUACCCCCACCACGCGCUCGCUGCGACCGUAAAGGGAAUUUUUUCAUAGAAAAUUCAUCUUGGAGCCCCGGAAGUAAUACAGUGGAGGAACCAAAAGAUGGGCGAAAAAAGAAAUUAAUGAGAGAUUGGACAUUAACGAGAUUCUACUGUAAGUAAAUAUGAAUGGAUAGAAUAUCUAAGAAAUAAAAUGAAUUGUUUCGAUAUUGUUCCACGUAUCGUGGAGUUUUGCUGUUCAAACCAAAUCUAAUUUGUUUUGAAAUAGCGAGACACUAGUUUUCCGACGUAUGGAAAGUCAUUUUCAUCGAAUUAUUUCUCAAACUCAGUGAUUCAACGACGUUCGUUCAUCGUAAAGUUAACCAUUUACUUUACCCAGAGAAGAGCCAAAGAAUUAGCCCAGCCAGAGAAUGAUUUAACUAAUUAAUUGUAAUAGUUGUACCUAUGUAUAGUAAGUAAAUGUAUUCUGUACAGUGCGAUAAUUAAGAUUCAGCGGAUAUCAAUUUUCCUUUGUUCCUCCGGCGAAUAAUAAAAAAAAAUCCCGUGAAAGACUAUCAGCGUUAAUUGAGGUAAUUAAUCUCGCGUAAUGUAACCGUUACCCAAGAUUUUUUAAGUAGUAAUAAAUCAAACAAGUGAUUGUAACACAAAGGACUAAUUAAAAAACGUUUAGGUAAUGGCUAUUUGUUCAAUUAAACUGAGCAUUAUGUAAAUAAGUAAAAAUUAUUGGAAAUUCGAAGUGUAUAUAAGUAUACGGGUCAUUAUGUUAAGUGUAUGUAGCGGUGUAAGAGAUUAUUGAAAUGAUCAUUGAUUUUUGGUUAUCAAAAAUGUUACCGAGUUAUUUUAUAAUUAAUCCAGCACGAGUUUUCUUCACUUUCUUUAGGUCAUUGUUUCCCGGUUGACUGUGUAGUAAGACAUAUUUUUUUCCGUAUCAACGCCUGGAACGUGUUCACAUGAUAAGAUAAGACGAGCUCCACUACCGUCCUUUGUGACCCUGUCCGCCUUGUGAAACCACACGACCCCGAAAGAGAACGAUUAAUAGACGAAUACUCGUGCUGGCUUUAAGAAUUCUAUUUUAUUUUUGCUCGUUCUAUUUUCUCUCAACGGCUGUACCAUACCACGAUAGUAUUAACCCCUUCGUCUUGCCCUAUUUGAGGCAAUUGUACAUAAUGAAGGGACUGGAGAGGAAGUGUCCUGCUAGUUAAUUAAAUUGAGGGGUAAUCGAUAAUGUAG